AUGAGCGAGACAAGAGCUGUAGAGUUCCUUCAGCAGAGAAGCGGCGAUGACAUGUUCAAUGCUGUGCGGAUGCAACACAGUGUCAUCUGUGAGCUUCAGAGUGAAAAUGCUCGGCUGAAGUCUGAGAAGAUGGAGCAGAAACGGCAUUUCAAGGCAGCGAUACAGCACAGAGAUUCUGUGAUAAAAAGGUUGGGCACAGCUAACUCGACGUCUCCGGCCCACCCUAUAACCGCCACAACAGCACGGGGAAGCAACCUUCCAUCCGCAAGCCAGCAAAGGGCAGUCCUUCCCGCCGCUCCUCCCCCCCGAGCCAUUGCCCCAGGAACCCCACCAACCCGUCCCAGGCGUAACGACACGACCGCUUCCUCCAAUCGAGAGCUGCGGCAGGCAGGGCAGCGGAGAAGGCGGGGCACAGAUACGUUAGCUGCUCCUCCCAGAACAGGAACAGCUAUCGCUGGCAGCAGGCCUCCGGCCACGCCGGAUAGAUCUCAACAUGGAUCAAGGGCCCCUGCCAUUGCCCAUUCUUCCUCCCGACGCCCAGCUCGGCAGUCGUCUGACUCUUCUGGAGCUGUGACGGCUUCCUCUUCAGCUGCCUACCCAAAAGCCAGUCGUUUGCUUUCGGGUUGCUGCGCAGCAACCUGUAGUUCUACUGGUGGUAGCAGCAGAACAACUGUUCGUGUGCCUGAGCGUGCUGCGAAGCCCGCUGCAAAGAGCCGCAGGGGCGCGCAGCUGACGGACAGGCGUGGGGAGACACAUGACCAUCACACGAGUUGGCACAGAGCUGCAAACGCCCGCUAUGAAGCUCAGAAUAUGAGAGAAUAUGAAUUUUAUCGAAUCUCCAUGGAUGCCGGCUUCACUGACCGAGGAUGUGCUUCACAGUCGGCUUCGCCUGGAGUUAGCCUCGGACCAGUUAUUGGUCUGCUUCUAGUCGCAGCUAUCUUUUGGGCUGUACUGCUGCGCGGCUAA